UGUCUCUCUAUCGGGAGGUCUCUAUUGCAGCAGAAGGAAAAAUAAAAGAAGUCAAAGCACCCGCUUGAGGGAUGAAUCACACGCAAUGGUUUUGACGUGGACUGUACCCACUACCCGGUGAGUGAGUGAUUCCCCCACCACCGGUCGUUUCGUUUCCCCCUGACGUGGAAACCGGUUAGCUUGGCUUCUAUUCUGUCGCCUACUCUGCAGACUGCACAACCGUCGUCGACGUUGAGCUUGAAACUCAGACACAAGCGUUUGUCUUCUGCUCGCUGAAAGUUUCAGUUUGCGACCGCCGCUUCAAUUCAAAACUACUAUUCUGUUGUUGACGUUGCUGUUAGCUAGCUGCUUUCGUGUACCAAUCAUCAUGGCGAGGAUUAUUGCUGUGCUCGCCGGUUUCAUGGCUUUUAUGGCAUUUGCUCGUGCUGAAGACAUGAAAAAAGUUCCAAUCACAGUUUACUACGAGUCACUCUGCCCUGACAGCAUGAAGUUCUUCGUGGACCAGCUGUAUCCCACUUGGACGAGUCUGUCUCAGUACAUGGACCUCACACUGGUUCCGUAUGGCCGAGCUAAUUACUCGAUGGCGGAAGACGGAAGUGGGAAGUACAUGUUUGAGUGCAGACAUGGGGAGCAUGAGUGCGAGGGAGACCGCAUCCACAUUUGCGCCAUCAACAAAAUGCCAAUGCAAGAUUACAUGAAACUCAUCAAGUGCACUAUGUCAAUGUCAAUGACUGCCAACAAUUCGUCUGCUUAUCCAGGCAAACAGUGCGCUGCAAGUGUUGGAAUCACCGAUUACUCACCAAUUGAAAAGUGCGUAACUGACAUGGCUGAAAGCGACAAGCUGUUUGUUGCAAUGGGAAACAAAACUAUGGAGUUGAAACCAAAACUGGAGAGUGUUCCUGCCAUCACUUUCAAGGAUGAAUACAAGCCUAGCGAACAAGCCAAGUACAGAUCCGACUUGAAAAUGGCCGUUUGCAGCAUGAUCAUGGGAGAGAAGCCAGAAGCAUGCAAGGCAGGACCCAAAGGUUCAGCUGGAAACUUGGUGCCAGAAUUUGCAGUCUAUGCUUCACUUGCUGUUAUUUCAACAAUCUUCGCUAGAAUGUAGAAGCUUAGCUGCAGUUUGUAAUUAUUCAGAAAGAAACUACAUAUUAUUUUUGAAAGUUGAAGAAUAAUCAAAUUGAAAUUGUAUUCUGAUUACCAGGAAUUUUUUCUAGUUCUGUAACCAAGAACGUUUUAUAAAUUCAAUGGAAGUUUUUAUCUUCAGGAUUACCUAUACAACUAAAUAUUGUAGUCUGUCUUGUUUUUGUUUUUCUGUAUUUCUUUAUCGGUGUUGAAAUUCACAGCAUGCAGCUAUAUUUCAACAAUAAUCUAUUUGGAAAUUUCUAUUAUAUUGUUGAAAAUAUGUUGAAUUUCUUAAUUUGUAACAUAUGAGGUAGAUAUUUUAUUUAGGAAUGCCAUGUUUACAAACUCAUAUUUAUAAAAUUAAUAGGUGACAUUUUUCUGUUUUUUUCUAGAAAUAUCAAGUUGAUAUAUUCCAAAUAUUCCCCUUAUCCUCUAACAACCACUUCACGCACAAGUUUAUUGGAAUACAAUAGUUAUUACACAUAUAUCCUGAAAAAUCAGGAUGGUUCUUUGGCAAACGUUAUGAGUCUUUCACUCUUGAUGAAGAAAGUUUUUUAUAAUAGUAUUUGAUUGAGUUAAAUUGGCUUUCUAUACAAUUUUAAAUAAUUAUAAGAUGAUUCUACCAUUAUAUUUUGAGAGGUACUAUUUUUAUUUAAACUUCGAAGAAAUGCGGUGUCUCCAAUGUCUCCAUCAAGUUUUAGUAUAGCUUAGAUAUAUACGUAUUAUGACUUUCAAUAUAGAUCAAUAGACGUCGUGCUACAUGUUUAAUCAAUUAGUCAUUUAUCAGUUUCUUGCAAUACAUUCCAGCUUUUAAAAUAACUCAAUUAUUAAUAGAUGCAAAAAUCGUUAUUAUCUUGUUUGCAUUAUCAUUUUAUUCUGGAUAGAAGUGAAGUCUAUAAUUUCGUUUAGUCUGCUUAUAGAUAAUAAGUAUUAAGAAGAUGAUUGUGCUACGUUUCUUUAUUUUAUUUCUAAUAGAACCAAUGAAAACUGUUCUCAUGUACUUAAAAGUCUUCUAGAUGUUAAUCUUGAAUCACAUUAUUUGUAAAAUUUAGUCGGAAAGUAUGAUUUUAUUGUUAAUAAAUUUUUUAUUAAAA